AAGUCGGGUAUGAAUAUAGUAUCGCCAGUAUCGCCCCUCUUGUCUGCGCAAACCCGAUAACCCAACGCGCAAAUGGCGAUUGGAGCAGCGGCGGCAGCUCCCGCCAGCUUCACUUCAGUCGUCGUCAACCUGAGGUUGUCUCUGGUGCGCACGUUAUCCUCUUUCACCUCCGUCAAGACUCACCGAAUUUCCGAGACUUUUUGGGUUUCCCGGAACCGAAAAUCUCUCCCCAAAAGGACAACCUUCGGUUUCGCUUGUGGAUCGUCCUCUGCCGUAUCAGAUGUUGCCCCUUCGACCCCCACUUCUUACCGCAGCUCUUACCCAGAAUAUCAUCGCUUGCUUCCAUGCCCCUCAGAAAAUUGUCCACCAAGAGUUGAGCACUUAGUUGUUUCAACAGGAGGGCCUGUACUUGAAUAUAUUAGCAAAGUUUUGGAUCUUCCACCUCUAUAUGUUGCAGAUCUCAUCCAUUUUGGAGCUGUAUAUUAUGCCCUUGUAUGUCCGGUGCCGCCUCCAACUGCAACACCAGAGGAAAUUAGGACAUAUAAGGAAGCUACAGAUCCAUCAAUUUUGAGAAAGAGACCUUCCAUUAAAGGAAAAACUGUACGAGAAGCUCAAAAAACUUACCGCAUAACUCAUGUCAAUGAGUAUGUUGAAGCUGGGACUUACUUGAGGGUACAUGUACACCCGAAACGCUUUCCUAGGUGCUAUGAAAUUGACUGGAGAUCAAGGAUUAUUGCUGUAUCUGAAUCCUACGUGGUUCUAGAUAAACCAGCUGGUACAUCUGUUGGAGGUACUACAGACAAUAUUGAAGAAAGCUGUGCUACAUUUGCAACUCGUGCCUUGGGAUUUUCGGAGCCACUGAAGACCACCCAUCAGAUUGAUAAUUGCACAGAAGGCUGUGUUGUAUUAGCUAGAUCGAAGGAGUAUUGUUCAGUUUUUCACGGAAAAAUCAGAGAGAAAAAGGUGAGGAAGCUUUAUCUUGCUCUUGCUGCGGCUCCUGUGCCAGUUGGAGUAAUCACCCACUACAUGAGGCCAAUCAAUAUGGCUCCAAGACUUAUUUCUGAAGAUUUCACAAAAGGAUGGUACUUGUGCCAACUUGAAGUUUUGGAAUGCAAGAAGAUUCCAUGGCCAAGCUCUGAAACUGAAGAUAAGUAUUACGUUGAGGACUGUGGGUGGUCUUCAAAAGAUUUUGCAUACGAGUGUAAAGUAAACCUUUUGACAGGUCGGACGCAUCAGAUUCGAGCACAAUUGGCUGCCUGUGGCGCACCGCUAGUGGGUGACUCGAUGUACAUGCCUGCCGCCAUUGCUGAGGCAAGCCAUCCCGGGCUUAAUCCUUUUGGCAAGUACAAGAUAGAAUACGAAAGUGAGAAUGGCAAAGAAAUGGCCACACAGGAAUGGAUUGCUCAUCACGGGAAGGAACCUAGUGUUGCCAUUGGCCUUCAAGCAUGCCAAAUUUCAUGGGAUGAUACCGAUGGAGAGCAUUUCUAUGAGGCUGGAUCUCCCUGGUGGAGAUAGGGCGGGCUGGCUGGCCGGCCGGCUCUCUACCUUGGAUAUACAGGGCUCUCCCUAGACCAGUUGUUUCUCUUCACCAUGAACCACGCCGAGUAAGUGCGUCAUCAUCAGAACUCGAGAACAGACGGAUCCAGACCUGCAGGCUGCACAUUCAUUUGAUUUAGCAGAAGAAAGUCUGGUUUGACUCUAACCUGAACUUGCCGGGUAAUGGGAUGCAGCCAUAGAAACUGAUCCCGGUUCAGAUGGCUCAGGAACACCAUGGGUAAAGGAGCAAGCUUUUCCAGUUACUUUGCCUUUUGGAUUUCUUGUUACGUUGGGGGAGAUGAUUUUUUCUCAUUUCUAGUAUUAGAAAGUAAUGUAGCAAGAUUGGUUAGGUUAUGGAAUCACCACAUACAUUUUAAGGGCAUAGCAAAUAUUGUUCUGUAGGAAUAUCAGCAUUGCAAGAACUACUCUUCUUAUUUCCCUCUA